AUGUCACUUGAUAAUAUUGUUGAUGCUAUUCCUGAAGAGCCUAAUGAAUUAAGUGAGCAAGAGCGGGACAAUUUAUACAUAUAUCUUACUCGCAAUGAUACUAACUUAGAUAAUGUAGAAAAAUUACUUAAUCUCUGCAAGACAAAUAACGCUAAGCUUGUAUCUGUUUCUGAGCAACCUGGUGCCACUGGGAAUAAGCGACGAAAAAUAAGUGAUUUUGAAGGUGAUACUGGUGAUAAUGGGUCUCUUGCAAAAGCUUUUAUGAUGUUGGUAACAAAUUAUCCACCAUCUUCAUCCGGUGUUGAUACGAUGAUUUGUCCGGUAUCAUUUAUGCAGAUCUGCGAUUCUCUCAGUGAAAAACAAGUUAUUAGUGGUUCCGUUCACGAAUUUCGUGAUUAUCUAGGUAGAGAUGAUGUUUGGUACAUUGUGGAUGCUCGGAAGCCGAAGGAAUAUCGCGGAAAGACUAUUCUUAUCUUCACUCCAGGCGAAGAAAUUCUAGACUUAUGUAAUAAAUGGGUGGGAUUCCUCGUUAAUGCGAAUAUAAUGAGCUUUGUUGGUGAAACCACUCAAGGUAAUGAUAUUAGUCAUAGACUCGUCCAUAUCCGCACAAAUGUACCAGAAGAAGAAGAAGCAGAGGAAGGAAAAAACCUUCUAUAUCCCUUUACAUCGUCUACAUUACGGGGACCUUCUAAUAAACCUAGUGUGGUGCAGAAUGAUAAUGAAGGAGUACCCUAUUAUAGUCAAAUUAUUCUAGAGUUCGCAUCUGAUUACGUUGCUGAAGGUGUAAUAAACAGACUCUCGGAGAUUAACAAGCAAGUGUUGCUUGAUUUUGUGAAAACUAGUGUGGAUGAGACUGAAUGUCAUUCUUUAAAUGGUAAAGAUAGUAGUGAGUACGUUAUUAAUAUGCAAAAAGUCCAAAAACGGAAAAAUUAUUGUUCAGCAAUAUUGAUAAAAUCCAAGCCAAUAAAUACUGUAUUACCAACUCAAAUGAACAGCAAGCCCUUCAAUGCAUUUAUUUAUCCAACAUGUUUCUUCCAGACGACUAUCGCAAAAAAGAGCGGUUUAGAAAAAUAUAUUAAGGGAACAAGCGGUGAUAUUGAUCUUCACUUUGUCGUACCAAAAUUGAUAUUUUCAGAUUAUAAAAAGCAGCAUCUUCACACUGCCAAGGGAAUUGUUCUCCGAAAUAAACCGUCCUGGUUAGAUCGCUUCAAACAAUAUGUUAUUGAUGUUGAUCUAAAGCUUAAAGAUAUACAGUUUCAGUUUAUAUUCUCAUAUGACAUCUGGUAUCUUGCCUAUUCACCUCGUUCAUGGUUAAAGCUAACUAAUCUGGAAAUGAGUGAUAGCUUUUCAUUCCGAAAAAAAAUUAUUUCUGAGGAAAGGUAUACAGCUCAGGCAUUGGUUAAUAAAGAAGUUCGGAAACAACUUCCUGAUACUGUUAGCGAUGACGCACUUGAGAAGAAAAAAGAAAGGGCUCUGAAAAUUUUUGAGCUAUUCAAUUCUUGUUUAUUACUGGUUGUUGAUGAUCUUGAUGUUGAAACUGAUAACGACGAACUUGAGGUUGAUAAUGAAGAAAUUGACCUAUAA